GUCGAUGAAAUGUCUGAUGGAUCCUUUGAAGUUAUCAUCGCGUGAAAGUUAUUCGUCAGUGCUCGAAGUGAAAUAGUCAGAUGUUUUCCACAUUCCUUUCAAGUUCAGAAGUAUGCCUUGCUUCCAUCCUUAUUCUCUUGGUCCACUCGACGCUAGCAACUACGCUAGGAGGUAAUAAUAAAAUCAAUGUCAAGGAUCCCAGGAUUCAAGAGAUUUUGGAAUGGACGGAAUCGUUCAUUGACCGCGAAACCAACAGCGUGAAUUCUGUGAAGCUUUUUUCUGUGAUCGACGCAAAGAAGCAGAUCGUUUCGGGAGUGAAGUAUGAUUUCGACCUCGAGCUGGCACACACAAGCUGUCCGAAAAUUUCUGCUAAUGAUUCUAAAAAUUGUGGGUUCGACCAUUCCUUGCCUCAUGUUGCUUGCAAAAUUCAAGUUUACGAUCAACCUUGGACGAAGACCAGGAAGGUGUUAAAGUUCUCCUGCUCUGAUUCUCCAACGGUUGAACCGUUCAUGAAGAAGUUCGAGACAUUCGAGAAGAGGCAUAAAAAAGAAUACAGCCCUGAGGAACGGAAACGUCGUUUUGCAAUUUUCAAAGAGAACAUGUUGAAGAUUGCGGAACUGCAGAAAAAUGAGCAAGGAACCGCAAAGUACGGACCCACCAAAUUCGCGGAUUUGAGCGAAGAAGAGUUCAAAAAGCAGUUUCUUGGAUUUCGUCCGGAUUUGAAAUCCUCAUCGCCGCUUUGGCCAGUAGCAGAUGUCGCGGACAUUGAAAUUCCCGAAGCUUUUGAUUGGAGAGAUCAUGAUGCUGUCACUCCAGUAAAAAAUCAGGGAUUCUGUGGAUCAUGCUGGGCAUUUUCAGUGACGGGAAAUGUGGAAGGUCAAUGGGCAAUCAAGCGUGGCAAGUUGAUCGAACUGUCGGAACAAGAGCUUGUAGACUGCGACACUCUUGAUCAGGGCUGCAACGGAGGAUUGAUGGAGAAUGCGUAUAAAUCUCUUGCGAAACUUGGUGGUUUGGAAUCUGAGGCGGGAUAUCCUUACGACGGACGUGGGGAAUCUUGCAAGUUCAAUAAAACCGCCGUUCGAGCGUCUGUGACUGGCGGAUUUGUUUUGCCGAAGAAUGAAACUCUGAUGGCGCAAUGGUUGGUUCGCAAUGGGCCCAUUUCCAUCGGAAUCAACGCGAAUGCUAUGCAGUUUUAUUUUGGAGGUGUGAGCCAUCCAUGGAAAGCUUUGUGCAGCGCAGGAAGUCUCGACCACGGCGUCCUCAUCGUCGGGUACGGCGUCCACAGUGUGAGCCAUCCAUGGAAAGCUUUGUGCAGCGCAGGAAGUCUCGACCACGGCGUCCUCAUCGUCGGGUACGGCGUCCACAGUGUGAGCCAUCCAUGGAAAGCUUUGUGCAGCGCAGGAAGUCUCGACCACGGCGUCCUCAUCGUCGGGUACGGCGUCCACAAAACGAAAUUCUUGCAUCGUGAGCUGCCGUACUGGAUUGUCAAGAACAGUUGGGGACGUGGCUGGGGCGAAAAAGUUGGUUACCUUUCCAAGAAUUUCCUUCUCGAUUACCGAAGAAAACGUCCGAUUCAUGGUUACUACCUGGUUUACCGUGGAGACGGAACUUGCGGAGUGGACCAGGAAGCCUCUUCGGCGACAGUUAUGUAGGGUUGUGUACGAAAUGAAAACAAAUUUUACCGGUGAUCAUUUGUGGCAAAUCUUCGCGUCGACGCCCAGUGUUGGCGUACGCGAUGUGCUGUCGUUGCUCUCCCACAUUCGCGUUCUCAACGGGUCAUCUCGACGUGUCAGCAUUGUUGCACGGAAAUAUGUAGUUUUUUUCCUUUCGCUUUCGGCUUUUCCCCCGAGCGGAAAAAGUGUCACUGUGUCGUCUUACGAGCGUUUUACUAAUUUUUUUGGUGGGAGACAUUUUUUUUAAUCGCAGGACUGAAGAAAGAAAAAAAGGGGCUUGUGUGGUGCUUGUCCGCAAAUUAUAUCUUCAGCAAAAAGUUAAAAAAAAAAUUCUACCCUCGGCUUAGCUCAUUUAUCUUGGAGGUCCAGUGAAAUUGAGGUAUUAUGAAGCAGCUAGACAAGGCAAAUGGACAAGAUUUGCCGACAUUGUAUGGAUACUACACGGAAGGAGGGAUCGUUAGUGGCUUGGAAGAAGAUGGAACUCAAUUCCUGCUCAAUGGGAAACGAAUCCAAUUGAUCAGCGGAUCAGUGCACUAUUUUCGGAUUCACCCGGAUUACUGGAGGUCGAGUUUGAGGAAGCUGAAGGCAUGUGGAAUGAACGCUGUGAUCACAUACGUUCCCUGGAACUUGCACGAACCGGUGAAGGACGUGUACGAUUUCGGAGAAGGGGAUAAUGACAUGUCGUUGUUCUUGGAUUUGGACUCUUUCUUGAGAAUUGCUCGGGAAGAGGAAUUAUUCGUGAUUGUUCGACCCGGGCCGUACAUAUGCUCAGAAUGGGAUUUCGGUGGGCUGCCGAGUUACCUAUUGCGUGAUCCUGAGAUGAGGGUUCGAACAGCGUAUCCCGGCUAUAUGGAUAGAGUGAGCGAAUUUUACCAACGAUUGGUGCCGAUUCUGAGACUUCACCAGUGGAUGCCGGGAAAUGCAGGCCCCAUUAUUGCUGCUCAGAUAGAGAAUGAAUAUGGAGCCUUUAUCAGAUUGAGUGGCAUCGAAAGAGAUACAGUGUAUUUGGAAGGCGUGAGGGACCUGAUGAUCAAUAAUGGGCUGGAUAAAAUAUACUUUUUCUUUUCGGAUUCGCCUGCAUCGACAGGAUUGGAUGGUGCAUUGGAUGGUUAUCUGAUGACAGCGAAUUUCCAAGGAUCAGCUGAAGCUCAAUUCAACGCGCUGGAACAACUGCAACCCCUUCGUCCUUUAUGGGCGAUGGAACUCUGGGCUGGUUGGUUUGAUCACUGGCUGGAAGGCGCUCAUAACACAUUUCCUAUAGAAACGACGUUGGAGGACCUCCGAGUAAUCUUCUCUCGAAACGGAUCCGUCAAUUUUUACAUGUUCCAAGGCGGCACUAAUUUCGGUUUUCUCAACGGUGCCAACAGCAUUGUACCCACUUUUCCUAAUUACAUACCAGAUACGACCAGUUACGAUUACGAUGGGUGUAUCUCGGAAAGUGGUGAUUACACUGAAAAGUACGAAGCCGUGUGCUCUUUUAUGCAAGCAAAUACUAUCAAUCCACCGAUUGCUUUGCCUGAACGGCCUCUUGAAACUUCGAAAAUGGCACCUGUUGCUAUUCCGGUUUCGUCUUAUUUGACACUUGACGACCUGCUAUCACAGAAUGUGCCAUUGUAUACGGAGGAGAAAUUGGUCAACAUGGAGAACUUGGGGACCAGUGAAAUAGACGGACAAGACUACGGUUUUCUGCUCUAUAGAAAAACAGCCAUUCUGCCAGCCGGUGAAAAUAUUAUCACGUUUGCGACGGAAACCAGGGACAUGGUUACCGUUAUGAUUGAUGGUGUUCAUCAGAUCGGACCACUGACGACUGAAGAUGAUCUCCUUGGACCCGGUUAUUGGUAUGCAAGAGAACCAACUCUGACCGUCGUCGGGGAAGAUCGUAGCGUAACACUGGACUUCCUUGUGGAAAACCUGGGAAGGGUGAAUUAUGGAGCCGCUUCUGUGUAUGAGCACCAACAGAAGGGGUUGAUUGGCGGCAAUAUUUUGCUGAACGGAGAACCCUUGAGCGUCUGGGAAACGAGGCCAUUGACAUUCAAGGCUAAUUGGGUGAAACAG